AGAUACCUGAGAUAGCAAAUUGCAGACGGACCGCGGGAUCGUGCUUCAUUCCUGGUUGUUGAGGCUCUACUUAAAGCGGACGGAGGCUGCAUGGAGCGACAGCUUUGAUCUGAACACCCUUUUGUAGGCUAGGUAUCCGUAGGUUGUGGAUCUGAGGAAGCUAGACUGAACUUCUCCUCUUGGAAAACACUAAAUUCGUUUCUUGCACAUUUUUUUUGCCCCGAAAGGCAGCCUGAUUAAGCAUGGAGGCGUACAAGCGUGCCAGAAUGGUCAUCUCUGCAACAGAGGACAACGAUGAGGUCACGCCCGUCUACAGGCUGGAUGAGAUAUGUGAUGUGUGCAGGAGCUCGCCGCCGGAUGUUGUCAAGGACAUUGUCGACCAUGUCAUGAGGCGUCUAGACCACCGGAGCCCUUACGUGAAGCAGAAGGCCCUGCGCCUGAUCAAAUUCGCCUCUGGCCGAGCUGGGCCCGAUUUCAAGCGCGACAUCCAACGCCACUCCGGCACCAUCCGUGGCCUCUUCCACUACAAGGGUCAGCCGGACCCCCUGAAAGGUGACGCCCCGAACAAGGCCGUACGGGACAUGGCGCACGAGACAGUGCAAGCGAUGUUUAGCACCGAGGCCCCUCCGUCGGGGGGGCCAGCCGCGUACUCCCACAAAAAGAUGGAAGGUUUCGGGAGUACUGGAAGCCGGGAUCCGGGAGCGGACUCCGGCAGGGGCGCAGGGUUCACGGGGAUGAUCUCAGCGGGGAUGAAGGAGCUGGAGACGGCAGUGAUGGCCAAAGGGGGGCUGAAAGAUAUGGUCAACAGCGCAGUGGGCCAGUACACGGGGCGUGGCUCCAGGAAGUCGUUUCUGUCUGAUGAGAACGACAGGGGGUCAUUUCGCCCCCCCCGCGAGAACGAGGGGUCGUACGGUGGGGGCGGGGGCGAGUCUUGGCGAGGAGGUGGGGGCAGGGGGUACUCCGGUGGGAGUUCAGGGUUUGGCGGUGAGUAUGGCCGAAGUAACGGAGAUUAUAGCCGCAGCAACGGGAGCUUUGGUCGAGGGGGGAGCGCAGACGUGUGGACGAACGAGAGAGCCGAUGACGAUGGGGCGGGUGAUGACGUCAGCAAUGCCAGAGAGAUCGAGACGACUUCUUCGGCGGCGGCAGGGUCUGAGGAGGAGAGGCUCGUGGAGGGGAUUACAGCCCCUGGCGGGGUGCGCCCUGCGCCGACGAGGGAGGCGCUUCAAAGUUUCAUGAAUUCUGCGGCGACAUUGGAUGGACGGGCGAUUGCGGGGAGUCUGGAGGGGAAGCUCCGAAGUCAGAGGUGGCAGGUGCGGUUUCGGGCCCUCUGCGUCAUUGAGGCUCUCCAGCGCCAUGAAGGGGGCGGCGGUGUUGCAGCAGUGACGGAGCACUUCCAAGCGCAGCCAGGUGCGGUGACGAAAAACCUGGACAGCCCCCAGGCGUCCGUCCGUGAGAAGGCAAAGAAGAUCUUGGUCAACUUUGGUCUAGACAACUCUGCCGCUCCCGCUGCCCCCGCCGCCUCCAGUCCAGUCGCAAAACCGGCUCCUGUAGCAGACCUUCUCAAUGUCAACGAACCCGAUCUGCUGGGCGCUAGCAGCAGUACGCCUGCCGAACCCCCAAAACCCCAAGACCCCGCACCUUCCGCCGACCUUCUAGGAGACGAUCUGUGGUCCGCUCCCCAGACUAGUGCCCCCCCUCCAGAGCGCCAAGCUUCGGGCAGCGACCUUUUUAGUGGGCUGACUGUGGGCUCGAGUGAGGCAGCCCAGAAGCCCGGGGGUGGAGACUCGUCCGAGCUCUUUGCCGGGAUGAAUCUUGAGUCGGGGGGGCCUGCACCAGCCGCGAGCGUCCCCCCUGUCAGCGAAGAUCCCUUUGGCCUUUCCGCGCCGGCUGCCAACGGCGGGAAGGAUUCUUUGAGCGACUUGCUGGGGGGCUUGUCAGUGGCGCCACCGCAGAGUGCCACCGUGCCUCCUUCCCAGGGGGUCAAGUCGCCCCCCAGAGCAGCCCCCCAGGCUAAGCAGCCGCUCCCCCCCAUGCCUAUGCCAGGCUUUGAGAGCGCUCAGUGGCAGCAGCCGCAGGGUUUGCAGGGUAUGCACCCGCCUCAGGGGGUGCCAGCCACGGCGUUUAUGCCCCCCCAGCAGAUGGGUUUCCAGCAAAUGACGCCCCAACAAAUGCAACAAAUGCAGAUGGCGUAUUUACACCAGAUGCAACAGCGGGGCAUGGGCAUGCCCGGGAUGAUGCCAUUCUCCGGGGCCCAGCCAGGUUACAGCCCGGGUUUCCAGGCUGGGUUUGGAGGGUUGACCCCGCAGCCGCAGCCGGCGCACGGGAUGCCGCAGAAUGGGGCGCACUUCGGAGGGGGGUUUGGCGGAGGCUUGCAACCAAGCGGGGGGUCUUUGGGCGGAAGCACAUUCAGUUCGCUCGGGGCAGGGGGGUCGGGAGACUUGUUUCAGAACGCCGGAAUCGCGCAUUCGCAAGAGAACAAGGCCGAGACCAAGGCGUUUGACUUCAUUGCGGAUCAAUUGAAAACGGCAAAACCUGGAAAGAGCAUGCGGUGACCUGAUGCGAGGAGGGGAAAGGUUGUAGCUCGAGGGCUACCGAUCCAGCAAAGCUCACGUAUGUGCAUCUUCUGUAUCCAUCAAAGUCUGAUAUGCUGUUGACUCCACUCUACUCGUUGUAAGUUUUUCACCAGAGACUCUCGUGCAAAGUGCGGCGCAAACUUCCUCAAAUCUCAACGCCUCCCCAAAGUGGUAGGAAUAAUGGAGAGAGGUCAAAUCUUUCUUGCUUUACGAAAAUUCCAAACUAGUUGUAGCAUUUCCUGAUUCUGAGCAAAGCUUCAUCACACAGAGCGUGCAU